GCGGCGCUCUUUGAACGGUGUCGCGGCGCCUGGUCCAUCCCGCCCGGACCCCCGCCACGCCCGCAGUCCCACGCUCGCUCGGCCGCAGCGCGGUCCACACGCUCCGGCCAGGGCUGCAGGUCGAGGCGGAGGGGAGGACCACGCCAGGAGGACGCCGUCGGCCGCGAGCGUCCUGCCGCGGGGUGGUGCAGCUGCGCGCCCUGCCGAGCCGUCCGGCUGCCGCGACACAAGCCACGCCGCGCGUGCCGCCAGUGCCACCGCCGGGCCCGAGCCGCGGGCUUGUGCCGGGAGCAGCUGAAGCGAGUGCCUCGCCUCCCCGGCACCCUGCCGGUACCGGCCAGGCUGGCGGCCGCCGCUCGCCGCACUGCUCGGCGGGCAGCGCUGUGGACCACCACGCCCCCUCGCAGCAUGGCCGCGGCCGCGCUCGCGCUCGCCGCCACGGCGGAGCCGAUGAACCUCGCCGCGACCCUCGCCCGCCUCACGCAGCCCACCAAGAAGGCCGACGAGCGCCUGGUCCCGUACAAUGAUUCUCUCCCGGAAACGCCGGGGCUGGUCGUCGUCGACGUGUUUGACCUGGAGCACGCCUUUCCCUACAUCAUGAUGGUGUUCGCCAUCCUCGAGUACACCAUGAUGGUGUUGAUCGUGGUUGGGAACCUGUUCAUCCUGGUGGCUUACGCAGUUGGCAGAAUCAGGGGCAAGAACAGCAGCAUGCGCCUGCCCUCCUCGGGCCGGCUCGUGCUGAACCUGGCGCUGGCCGACCUGCUGGUGGGCGUGGGCCUCAUCUACUUCUCCCUCUUCAAGUUCUGGCCCGAGAUGGCCGCCCAGCUCGCCAAGUACCGGCUGCCCUGCGUGCUGCGCUUCUCCGUCUGCUUCCUGACCAUGUUCGGGUCGCACUGCGCGCUGCUCGUGGUGGCCAUGGACCGCUACACCGCCAUCGUGCACACGCUGCACUACAAGGACUACCUGACGACGCGCGUCAGCUGGCUCGUCAUCCUGGCGGGCUGGGUGGUGCCCGUGGCCGGGGCCGGCGCCGUGUUCCUCGUCAACGAGUGGCGCCCGGGCGUGCCCUUCUGCGACGAGCACCACAUCGUGCCCAACUUCCUCAUCAUGUUCGCGCUGCCCUCCAACGUGUCCGUGCUGCUGCUCAUCUCGCUGACGCACUGGCGCGUGCACCGCGAGGUGCAGGCCUACACGCUGCGCGCCAGCGACCCCAGCUUCGUGGCCUCGACCGCCUCGGCGGCGCGGCGCUCGCACGGCUGCCGCAAGUCGGCCGUGCUGCUGCUGCGCGUCACCACGAGCUUCAUCGUGUGCUGGACGCCGCUCGACGUGAUGCUCGUGCUGUUCGUCGUGCUCGGGCCGAGACCCUGGGUGCUGGUCGUGUUCGAGGCCGCCUUCUUCCUCGCCAUGACCUCCUUCCUGCUCAACCCGUUCGUGUACGCGUGGAAGACGGAGGCCAUCCGCCGGCCGCUGAUCGCCGCCCUGACCGCGCUGCGAGUGCUGCCCCCGGCGGCCCGCCGAGCCCCACGCGGCCACCCCUACCCGGGCGGCCCGGCCCGGGUGUUCACCAUCCCCCACAACAACCGCGCCUCCGUGCUGUCCGUCUCCCACUCGUCAACCUCCGGGGCCGCCAGCGCAGCCAGCGCCAGCUCGGGUGCUACAACGAGCUCCGGUCAGACUGUUCGGACCUCGCUAGGAACGUGAGCACUGCGCAGGGGAACCGACCCCGACGAAAACUGGGGAUGCGCACUACGAGGUGGACGAUCAGACCUUGUUA